CCAGUUCGAAGGGACCCCCAGUGGUCAAAUUUGGGACAAUAUGAACAUCAAGAAGAAUAAGGGAAGUUUCUCUGUUUGAAGAACAUAAGGACAUUUCUCACGGCCUGUUGCGAGACAUUUGGAAUGAGGAAAAGUGAACUCUUCGAGGCGUUUGACCUGUUUGAUGUUCGUGACUUUGGAAAGGUUAUAGAAACAUUAUCGCGGCUUUCUCGCACACCUAUAGCAUUGGCCACGGGAAUCAGGCCCUUCCCAACAGAAGAAAUCAUUAAUGAUGAAGACAUCUACAAAGGCCUUCCUGAUUUAAUAGAUGAAACCCGUGUGGAUGAUGAAGAAGAUCUCUAUGACUGUGUUUAUGGGGAAGAUGAAGGUGGAGAAGUCUACGAGGACUUGAUGAAAGCAGAAGAAGCACAUCAACCCAAAUGUCCAGAAAAUGACAUACGAAGUUGUUGUCUAGCAGAAAUUAGGCAGACAGAAGAAAAAUAUACAGAAACUUUGGAGUCAAUAGAAAAAUAUUUCAUGGCACCACUAAAAAGAUUCCUGACAGCAGCAGAAUUUGAUUCAGUGUUCAUCAACAUUCCUGAACUUGUAAAAGUUCAUCGGAACUUAAUGCAAGAGAUUCAUGAUUCCAUUGUAAAUAAAAAUGACCAGAAUUUGUAUCAAGUUUUUAUUAACUACAAGGAAAGGUUGGUUAUUUAUGGGCAGUACUGCAGUGGGGUGGAGUCAGCCAUCUCCAGUUUAGACUACAUCUCUAAGACAAAAGAAGAUGUCAAACUCAAAUUAGAGGAAUGUUCCAAAAGAGCAAAUAAUGGGAAAUUCACUCUUCGAGAUUUGCUUGUGGUUCCUAUGCAGCGUGUUUUAAAGUAUCACCUUCUCCUCCAGGAACUGGUCAAACAUACCACUGAUCCUAUCGAGAAGGCAAAUCUGAAACUGGCUCUUGAUGCAAUGAAGGACUUGGCACAAUAUGUGAAUGAAGUGAAAAGAGAUAAUGAGACCCUUCGUGAAAUUAAGCAGUUUCAGCUAUCUAUAGAAAAUUUGAACCAACCAGUUUUGCUUUUUGGACGACCUCAGGGAGAUGGUGAAAUUCGAAUAACUACUCUAGACAAGCAUACAAAACAGGAAAGGCAUAUCUUCUUAUUUGAUUUAGCAGUGAUCGUAUGUAAAAGGAAAGGUGACAACUAUGAAAUGAAGGAAAUAAUAGAUCUUCAGCAGUACAAGAUAGCCAACAAUCCUACAACUGAUAAAGAAAAUAAAAAGUGGUCUUAUGGCUUCUACCUCAUCCAUACCCAAGGACAAAAUGGGUUAGAAUUUUAUUGCAAAACAAAAGAUUUAAAGAAAAAGUGGCUGGAACAGUUUGAAAUGGCUUUAUCUAACAUAAGGCCAGACCAUGCAGACUCCAACUUCCAUGACUUCAAGAUGCACACCUUCACUCGGGUUACAUCCUGCAAAGUCUGCCAGAUGCUCCUGAGAGGAACAUUUUAUCAAGGCUAUUUAUGUUUUAAGUGUGGAGCAAGAGCACACAAAGAAUGUUUGGGAAGAGUAGACAAUUGUGGCAGAGUUAAUUCUGGUGAACAAGGGACGCUCAAACUACCAGAGAAACGGACCAAUGGACUCCGAAGAACUUCCAGACAGGUGGAUCCAGGUGUGUUUCUGAUUAUACAUCCUAUAAUCACAACUUCAGUUAAGCGAUUAUGA